AAUGGAACAAAAAACACAAGAUAUCUGGAUGCAAACAGAAAAAGAAGCACACUAUUUUACAACUAAACACAAUCAGGAAACAAAAAAAACAGAUAUGUACUUAACUACACACAAUCAGGCCAACAACUAAACACAACAGGAAAUCAAGACUGUACAAAUAAGCAGAUAUGUACUUAGAAAUAGAGGAGUAUGAGGUAAAAACUGGCCUGUGUAUGAGGUAUUAGCGAAUCUAGGUGGUCCGCCAUAGGCUUGGAUGGAUUCUAGUAUCUAUACAACAAGAAGGCAAACAAUAUCGAUCCAAGUUGCAACGGCGUGUCGCGUUGUUUCUGCCUGAUUUCCUUCUCUGUUAAUCAGCUGCUGUAGUCCUUGUCCCCUCCGAUGCAAGACGUGCAGAGAGAGAGAAAAAAAGAACCAUGAAUCAAUUAGGAGCCGAAAAUUCUCGCGCGAGCGGUCUAAAUCUGCAGCAGUUCUGGGUGCGCGUUGCCGGACUCCAUGAACACUCUGAGCCAGUAGUCCAGGUCGCCGUCGGCGCCGAUGGACGAGGAGGAGGCGACAGCCACGUCGACGUCGUCGAACGCGUCGUCGGAGGGCUCCAUGGGGACGGCGUCGUCGAGGCUGUCCAGCGGCAUCGACAGCGUCUCGGACCAGAAGCUAUCGUCGAACUGGAACUCCUCGGCGUCCGAGAAGGAGGUGGUGAAGCUCUCCUCCUUGGGGAACGCGAGCGAGCUCCCCGUGUUGCCGUGCUCCUGCUCCGUCAUGGAUGACUCGGUCACCAACGACGAGGCCGCCGACCGUUCGGGCGACGCCGGCGCAGCGGUGGUCGGGGCCGGUACGACGACGCCGUCGGCGUCGGCCGUCGCCUUCCUGGCUCCACCGCCCCCGCGCUUCGCUGCCGUCGCGGGCCUGUGCUUCUUGCCGACGCCAGCCGUCGGCGUCGUGCCGUGCUGCUGCUGCUCCUGCUUGGCGGGAUCCACACGCUUCUUGAGGUGUGUGUGUGAGACGUUCUUGAUCUCGUUGUCCGUCCGCCCGGGCAGCCUAGUGGUGAUGGCGGACCACCUAAGCAGUUCAGAAGAGAGAGCAGAAGAGAGAGAGGUGAGAGCAGCAGCUGCGGCAAACCCUAGCGUCGUCGGCUGCGGCUGAGAGAAACGAGAGAGAGGCGAGAGCCGCGGCUGCGGCAAACCCUAGCCGUCGUCUGCGAGCGACGAGAGAGGCGAGAGAGAAGUCGUCAGUUGAGGCGAACCCUAACCAAAGUCGG